GAACAGUUGAGGAAAAUGACAGAAGACAUGUUAAGUAGCUCUACACACGAUAUUUUCACGUGUUCUAUUUGUUUGGAUCCACUGAAGGAUCCAGUGAGUCUUCACUGUGGGCACAACUACUGUUCGGGAUGCAUCAACGGCUGUUGGGAUCAUGAAGAUCAGAAGGGAGUCUACAGCUGUCCCCAGUGCAGACAGACUUUCACCACGAGACCAGUGCUGAACAAAAAUAAUGUUAUUGCCGAACUCGUUGAAGAAAUGAGGAGGACUAGACCUAUGACUCAGUGUGGGGAUCCUGCUAACCAUGGAGAUGUGCAGUGUGAUAUCUGCUCCGAGAGAAAAUUCAAGGCUGUGAAGUCCUGUCUGGAUUGUGUGCUGUCAUAUUGUGAAACUCACUUUAAUACGCACAACGAGCUUCACCCGCGCAGAAGCCACACAGUAAUCGACGCCACUGGUCAGCUACACGAGUUGAUUUGCCCUCGUCAUAACAGGGCUCUUGAAGUCUUUUGUUGUACUGAUCAGUCCUGCAUCUGUUAUCUGUGCACGAUGGACCAACACAAAGGCCAUGACACCAUCUCGGCUACAGCAGCGUGGAGUGAUAAAAAGGAAGGAUUGGGUGAGAUCCAGUCGAGAUGCCAGCAGAAAAUCCAGAAGAGAAAGAAUGAGGUUCAGGAGCUAAGGAGAGCAUUUGACACUCUGACGACUUCAGCACAGUCUGCAGUGGAACACAGUGACCAGAUGUUUGAUGACAUAAUUCGCUCGGUUGAGAGAAGGCGCUCUGUGGUGACAGAGCUGAUCAGAGCUCAGGAGAAGGCGGAGCUGAGUCGAGCUGAACGACUCCUGCAAAGAGUGGAGCGGGAGACCACUGAGCUGAAGACGAGAGUUGCUGAGAUGGAGCAGCUUUCACACACACAGGACCCCAUACAUUUCCUCAAGAAUGUAGGGUCCCUCUCUGCUAUUCCUGGCAUUAGAGUUCCAACCCUGACCGCCAACUCCAACCUCUCCUUGGAGCCGGUGAAAACAUCUGUCACUGCACUGAAGAGGCAGCUGGAGGAGAAAUUGGAGUCGAUCUUCAGGAAGGAAGUGGUCGCAGUAUCUGCAGCAGUGUCUGCAUUGUCGAUUGUUAGUACUCAACCAGUUACCAGAGAGGACUUCUUACUGUAUCACUUCAACUUCACACUGGACCCAAACACUGCAAACAAAUACCUCCACCUGUCUGAGGACAACAGGAGGGUGGAGAGGAGAGAUAAGGACCCCCAGGCCCAGACAUAUCCAGAUCAUCCAGAGAGAUUCGAGAAGGAACAGAUCCUGUGUGGAGAGGCUGUGUCUGGACGCUGCUACUGGGAAGUGGAGUGGAGUGGUGGGUCGCGCGGCAAUGUAGCCGUGGCAUACAAAACCAUCCGCAGGAAAGGACAGCUGAACGACUGCUGGUUUGGAUUCAAUACUCAGUCGUGGAGACUCACCGUCGGCCCCAGAGAGACGUAUUUCUACCACAAUGAGAAGUGCACCGACCUCCCUCCAGCGGCCAGCUCCAGAGUAGGAGUGUAUGUGGAUCACGGGGCAGGCACUCUGGCCUUCUACAGCAUCUCUGACACCGCGAUGACACUCUUGCACAAAGUCCAGACCACAUUCUCUAAAACACUCUACCCCGGGUUUACCUUGGGAGACGGGUCAUUUGUGAAGCUCUUGGAUCGUCAGUGAAGCACAUCAUGUGUGUUAAAGUGACACUGUGCCAUUUUAAGAAAUUAGCUCAUAUUAAACCUCUCCU